UUUAUUCAAAAUUUCGCUGUAUCACUUUUUAAUUAUGGGAAUACGGAUUUUAUUCCGCCAAGCGUGCCGGCUGAUACCAAAAAUUCUCGCUACUCGAAAGUUUUUUGCCGUUACCGGUAUCGGUAAUGCUAAAGAUUCUGAGGGUUGGUUUAAUAUAUCCACUCACAAGUACAAGUUCUUCAGAAUAAAGUUUAAUUACGAAGAAGCUCAAAAAGAUUGCAAGAAACGUGGUGCAACGCUGGCUACAACGGGAAUAAGAAAUAACGGAAUUAGAAAUGCUAUCAUAAACAAACUACUCAAACCCAUUACGGUGUUCCCGGUAUACGGAUUGUGGAUUGGUUUGGAUGAUUUGGACAGGAAUAAAUGGAUCUGGAAUGACGGCGUACAAGGGACGACACAGAAUAUCGCAUGGGCACCAGGCGAACCUAGUGAUAGUUGGGAAAAGUGUGGGAUGCUGAAUGAACAUUUGAAAUGGCAACUCAACGAUCAUAGAUGCGAUGCUAAAUUGUAUUACCUCUGUGAGAAGGAAUAAAUUUGUUAAAAAAAACUUUUUAAUAGUUAAAGUGGGGAAAGUACCUUUGUAGGAUGGUUCACGUAACCUCUGGUCGG